CGCUCUCGCACAUGUUCCCCAGCGCCGCAAAUUCAAUCAUUCAGGUCAAAACUUGACGAGACCCACGUGACUCCUCAUUCCUGAACAACGAAACCCUUUAAGGUUGUCCUUUUCUGAGCAAAAAUCCAAUGAUCCAUCCCAACCUUCUCUGAGCUACUCCCCUGUUUCAGAUCUCUCUCUCUCUCUCUCUCUCCAAUUCGGAUUUGGCGCCAUACAGACCCCUUUAGAUUCUUUUUUUUUUUUUUGAUUCAAGUCAAGGUUUUUUUGAAUCAGCACUUUUGGAUUCUGCUCCUGCCUUCUUGGGCAAUUUGAGCUCUCUCUCUCUGAAUGGCCUUAGUCCCCUAUUCAGACCCCACCACAAAACAAACCUCCUCCUCUCCCCCAUGGCAAGACAUGUUCCGAUCAGCCUCAACCCGCCCGCCCACUCCCUCUCCCAACGCGCCGCCCCCUUCACCCCACGCGCCGCCCCCUUCACCCCACGCGCCGCCGCCAAACCCCGCCUCUGGAAAAAAACCAGGCCCUCAAAACCACCCCCUCUCAAGCGAGAACUCCCAGGUACGCCUCGCCCUCUACAUAGCCAUGGCCCACGCCGGCCUCGCCUUCGCCAUUUUUAUCCUCUACUUCGUCUCUAAAAUCCUCGAAGAAUACCUCCGCCCUUUACAAUGGGCCGUCCUCUGUUCAAUCCCCUUGAGAGGCAUUCAACAAACCCUGGUUGGGUUUUGGACCGAACCCUUAAAACUAGGGCUUACAGAAACCGUAUUGGCUGUCCCUUUAGCUAUAUUUAGGGUUUUCGUGGGUACCCUUGUCGACAUUCGCGAUUUGUGUUUUAGGGUUGUGCUCAGAAAGAAGAGAUCACGUGGUUUGAGGCCACACCGCAGUGGGUUUUUCAAGUUGAUUCGUUGGCUUGUUUCAUUUUGGGUGUUUGUGACCGUUUAUGAACGGAUGGGGGCAAUUGGGUCUUUUUCGAUUAUCGGGUUAGGGUUCAUUUUCACGACGAAUUCCGUUGCGUCGACGAUGAACAAGGUGUCAUCGUUUAGGAGUCAUCAUAGCUUUCAUCGUAGCGCGUUUAGCGCGUUCUUCACUAGAGGGAUUUUGAAGAGGCUGAAAACCAUUGUGGCUAUUGGGUUGAUGGUUGGGAUGAUUGUUGGGUUUUUGGCAGGAUUGAUUUUCUUUUCGUAUAAAAUGGGAGUCGAAGGAAAGGAUGCAGUUAUAUCGCUGAAAUCGCAUGUUGAACAGAGCAAUUAUGCUGAGAAAAUUGGUGUGAAGAAGUGGAUGGAUGAGAAUGAUGUGCCUGGGAUGGUGGAUAUGUACACUACAAAGUUUUAUGAAACUGUUUCUGAGCAGAUUGAUGGUCUAGCAAUGCAGUAUAACUUGACAGAAUUCGUUUCGGAGAUCAAGCAAUUCGUGAUACCUCAGUCUGCGAAUUCAUCCGGGCGUUCAACUGCUUUGAUGACCCCAUCCCCAUAUAUUGAGAAAAUGUUGAGCUUGAGGGAUAGGGUUACUAACCAUGAAUGGGGCCAAAUUUAUACUGAAUUGGAUGUAAUCUUUAGGGAAUUACUUAUCACUAGGGAGGAUUUGGUUGAAAAGGCAAAAGGGUUUGCCAUGCAAGGAAUGGAUGUGACACAACGUGUAUUUUCUAGCAGUAAAUCUGUCUUAGGAGGCAGUGCAAAGGUCGUGUUUUCGAUUGGUAACUCCAUAGUAUCUGGAGCAGCGGGUCUUUUCAAUUUCGUUUCUCAGUCGAUGGUUUUCUUCUGGGUUUUGUAUUAUCUCAUUACAUCCGAAUCUGGUGGGGUAACCGAUCAAGUGAUGCACAUGCUUCCUAUAUCUCAAUCUGCUAGAACCCGAUGCGUUGAAGUUCUUGAUAAAGCUAUUUCCGGUGUUCUGUUGGCAACUGCUGAGAUUGCUUUCUUCCAGGGAUGUCUCACUUGGCUUUUGUUUCGAUUGUACUCGAUACACUUCUUGUACAUGUCAACUGUGAUUGCGUUAAUAAGCCCUUUGGUCCCAAUCUUUCCGCCUUGGCUUUCAACUAUUCCAGCGGCUUUGCAAUUGGUAUUGGAAGGAAGAUAUCUAUUGGCAAUCAGCUUGUCCAUUAUUCAUCUUGUGAUUAUGGAUUAUGGCACGAAUGAAAUUCUAGAGGAUAUACCGGGUCAUAGCGGGUAUCUUACUGGGCUUAGCAUCAUUGGUGGAAUGACAUUGUUCCCAUCUGCAGUGGAGGGAGCGAUAAUGGGACCAUUGAUAACCACCGUGGUGAUUGCUCUUAAGGAUUUGUAUGCUGAAUUUGUUUUGGAUGAACCAAAGGAAAGUGACGAGUAGACCGCCGUGGUGAUUUGAGUGCUUGUUUCCGAAGGAAAUGCCCAAUUUUGCCCGAAGAACGUGCGUAAAGCAACAGUUGAGCUGCUUAUGAAAAUUUGCUGAAGUUGUUACCCACAAGUCUUUGGCAAGCCCUUAAAAGUGUCCCACUCUGUCAACCUAGUGUAUCUCAUCAAUUUUACUGUUUAUGGGUUGAUUAGUAUGUUUUCUUUGGGGUUCCUUUUCCCCCUUUUUGGGCCUCAGCGUGGGAAAAAGCAAUAUAGAUCAUUGUAUCUCUUGGUUGUUGGUUUUGUGUGGAAAGAUAUUUUUUCAUUUUCCAUGUAGUUAGUCAGUCAUUGAAGUAGAAUCUUAUAUGUUCCCAUAGAAAAUUAGAAAUGUUGCUUUCUUUC